AUUGCACCCCAAAUAUCCCAUGCUGCCUUGCGCCCAACGUUCCACAUCCGGGAAGUUCAAGAUGAAUAUGGCGGACGCGUCUCCAGCCGGGCCGAGUAGGCACGAAAAAAGCCUCGGUCUUCUCACUACAAAGUUCGUCACCCUCCUCCAAGAGGCGAAAGAUGGAGUUUUAGAUCUUAAAGUGGCUGCAGACACUCUGGCUGUCAGACAGAAGAGAAGAAUCUAUGACAUCACCAAUGUUCUGGAGGGCAUCGGUCUCAUCGAGAAGAAAUCUAAAAACAGUAUUCAAUGGAAGGGCGCAGGUCCAGGCUGUAACACCACAGAGAUCUCCAACCGUCUGGGUGAGCUGAAGGAUGAGCUGGAGGCCCUGGAGAGGAAGGAGGCUGAGCUGGACCAGCAGCGGCUCUGGGUGCAGCAGAGCAUCAAGAACGUGACGGAAGACGUGGAGAACCACCGGCUGGCCUACGUCACGCACGAGGACCUCUGCAGGUGUUUCAGAGGAGACACACUUCUAGCGGUCCAGGCCCCCUCAGGGACACAGUUAGAGGUGCCCAUCCCAGAGGCAGCGUCACAACCACAGGGCAAGAAGUACCAGAUUCACCUCAAGAGUCACUCCGGUCCCAUCUACGUCCUGCUGGUCAACAAGGACACGUCCAGCUCCAGCCCGGUGGUGGUGCCGGUCCCCCCGCCGGACAUGCCGGGCGUACAGCAACCGGGCACACCAGCUAAAGUACCGCAGCAGACGGUUCCACUGGUACAGCAAGGUGUCUCCGCCCCAGGCAAGUCUGGGCUCCCACAAACAGUAGCAGCCUCCCCCAUGGACACCAUGAGUUUACCUGCCCCCACCCAACCCUCACCUGUCAAACCUGGUCUGGCACCAACACUGGGUGGAGAAAUUCAUGCUUUCGGGGACAUCGGUGGACUCUUCGACCCCUCAAAAGAUCCAUCCAUGGAUGGAGAGUUUAUAGAUGAACUGAUGGCAUCAGAAGCUUUCGCACCUCUCCUGAGGUUGUCUCCGCCCCCUGGUGACCAUGACUACCAUUUCAACUUGGACGACUCGGAAGGCGUCUGCGACCUCUUCGAUGUCCCCAUGUUGGACCUCUAGAGACAACGGCAGCUGUUCUUACAAAUAAACAAACAAACAAGCGAAGAUCACAUCUGGAAAGGACCUGUUUGUUGCUGAAUAAGCUACUGUACAGUUUUGUUGGACAGGAUAUGGUUUUUAUGUAGGUAGAAGUACUACACAUAUUAUCUGUAUAUAUAGAAGUAGCCAAGAUGACUUGACAAACAAACAAUAAAAGUACCAUCAUUCUCCACCUGCUGGUUAGUAUCAGGUGCAGUACCAUUACUAGGCAACAGGUGUCUCUUCUGUACAAAGAUUUGUCACCACUCAUUCAGGCACAAAUCGAAAUGUCACUAAAAAGCAUAUUUCUGCUAUUCUUUACAGUGUAUUCUUUCUUGUGUAUCCGUCUAGAUGUUGUGUUUUCAUGAUUGAUUUUAACAAGAGCAUCCGUUGGCAAGGGAUGUAAAAAAAAAAGACGGAUCAAGUUUUAUAUUAGCUGUAGGAAUUAUUUUGUAUAUGUAGAGUUGAAACAUGUUAUUUGUAACUGAUGUUAUGGUGCUGAGUCUAUUGUGUAAUGACCUUUCUGUAACACAAGUCUUUGUAUGGCUGCUUACAUGCCUACCAGCCAUCAGCAGUUUACUUUUGUCUCAAAAUCAUCUGAUAAUUUAGACAUCACCAUGACUAAUGGCAUUGUUAAUUUACCAGUAGCACUUAAGUGGUAUGGCAUGUGUCAACUUCAGGUCCAAUACACUACAGAGGUAUUCUGUCUCUAAAUGCUGGAAGAUGUGCACACAAAUUGAUGAUGUUUUCUAAACCUGGGAAGAUGUGCACAGGAAUUGAUGAUGUUUCCUAUACCUGGGAAGAUGUGCACAGGAAUGGAUUAUGUAUUCCUAAACCUGAUGAUAUAUUUGGCAGAAAUAUCCUUACCAUGCAUUGUCCAAGGUCAAAUGUCUGUAAGCCUGCAAACAUGCUUAUCAUACAAUAUCAGGGCAACCUAAACAAUGACAAAUCUCCCAGUUCAGUCAUACAAAGUGCAGUGGGCCUUAAAGCAAGAGGUGAACAAAGGGUCAGGAGUUAUUUAUUUUAAAUAGUCUCCUUUUCACAAUGAUGUUAGGUGAAGUCUCCAAACAGAGGUUAGGCUUCAGCUUGUUAGGCUUAUCUUUUUUGGUUGUUUUUAAAAUUGGCUUCCUGUUUUGUCAGGUUUACUUUUUGUCUGUAAGUCAAAGAAGAAAACCUAACAAAAUAAAAAGGCAGUCAGAAAAUUCAUCAACAAAAAGCUAAAGCCUAUUCUGUGCUAGGAGUCAGGGCAAGUUAGGUGUGUCUAGUGGUGAGUGUAGCUUAUACUUCAACCAGUGUACCAAAGUUUGUCAUUUUCAUUACUACAAGACAUAGUGUUAUUCGUAAGCUAUCUGUAAGUCCGAAAUACACACUAUUUGUCUAUACAAGCAUUGUAUUACCAUUACAUAUAGAUACUUUGCUUACGUCUAAGAUCUUUAAAAAAAGCUUACUUCUAAGAUCUUUAAAAAAAGCUAUCCUUUUGUACUUUGAUCAAGGAAUCUGGUGUGUAAUAUAAUGUAGAUAUGGAAAUCAUUUUUUUUAAAGAGAAAAUGGUUAGAUUGUAGGUGUAUUUUAUGAAUGGUUCAUAUUAACAUAGUAGUUAUAUUGUUUGAAUCAUUGUUUUUUAAUCAAAAAUUGUAUAAAAAAGUCUUUGUUAUAGUUAGGGAAAAUUCACGUCGAGCAACAGUCUUUGUUAUGGCAUUCUGAUGGCUUUCUGCAAGCACAGGUUAGGACUCUGGAGCAGUACGAAUUCCCAGCCACUGAAAUCCCCCAAAGCAAUCUCUGCUUGGAGAAUAUGUUUUGCAAAUUCCUGAUAAUUUUUGACAUAGUCUGCAUUAAGCACGGUAUUGCUCAAGGUGAAUAGUCCCAACCUACUUGGUUUGAUGUUCAUGUUUUCAAUAAAAUGUUUAAAAUUCG